GAUAGAUGCUAUACGUACGUAAGACAUGCAUGGAAAAACGGAGACUUAGAGAGUCUUGGAGAUGCUCUUACUUAAUUAUUCCAGCAGCCCCUUAUUCCACACGGUCUCUAUAAAUACAGGAAAAAAGCCAUGGCCGACGAGCAAUGGAGUGUGCCGAAGACAGUGCAAGAGCUGGCGGCCGGUGUCAACGAGCUGCCGAGCCAGUACUUGCUGCCGGAGAAGAAAAAUCGUCACGGCGGUCGACUCUUGGUGGCGGAGGAGAUGCUGGAGUCCAUCCCCGUCAUCGACCUCAGCCGGCUGCCGGCCGCCGACGAGGACGACAAGCUCCGGGCGGCUCUGCAGAGCUGGGGGCUCUUCCUGGUUACCAACCAUGGAAUAGAAUCCUCUCUGAUGGAUGAUGUGAUGAACGCAUCAAAGGAAUUUUUCCACCAGCCACUAGAAGAGAAACAGAAAUGCAGCAACCUGGUAGACGGCAAGCAUUUCCAAGUGGAAGGGUACGGUAAUGACCAGAUUAAAAUCCAAAAUCAGACCCUAGACUGGUCCGAUCGGCUGCAUCUCAGGGUGGGGCCAGAAAAGGAGAUAAACCUUGCCAAUUGGCCCAAACAACCUGAAUCUUUCAGGGAUGUCCUACAAGAGUAUACAUCAAGAAGCAAGAGAAUGAAACACAUCAUCCUUGGGGCAAUGGCCAGACUUCUGGAGCUUGAUGAAGAGUACUUCAUUAGCCAAUUCAGUGAAAGGGCUCCCACAACUGUUAGGAUAAACCACUACGUCCCGUGUCCGAGACCAGAUCUUGUCCUUGGCUUCAAGGCUCACUCUGAUGAUGGUGUUCUCGCGACUCUUCUUGUGGACAAUGAUGUUGCUGCGCUGCAGGUUCUUAGAGACGGCGUGUGGUACGACGUUCCAACCAAUCCACGUACCUUGCUCGUGAACGUUGGAGACUUCAUGGAGAUAAUGAGCAAUGGGAUCUUCAAGAGCCCAGUGCACAGGGUCGUGGCAAAUGCGGAGACGGAGAGGUCCUCCUUAGCCAUGUUCUACGGUCUGGAUACGGAGAAAGAGAUCGGGCCAGCGGCUCAUCUGUUGCACGAGAAUCAACCGGCACGGUAUAGAAAGGUGAAAAUCAAGGAUUACAUGGCCGGAUUCUAUGAACACUUUGCUCGAGGAACUAGGGUUCUCGACACUAUGAAGACCUAAGAUCAUUAUCCUUAGUUUCGAAGGAGCAAAUACAGAAAAUAAAUAAAGUGCUCUUAUUUUGGGUGUCAA